GCCGGAGGCGUUCUCUACGAGCUGAAUGAUUCCGUUUCCAGCGAGGCACUGCAGGAUUCUCAACACGUAAAGGUCCGGGGACAAUUGGUAGGAUAGAAGGACAGCUGAUACGUCAAAGAAGCACCCGCCGGCCGUCCUAACUUGUCAGGCUCCAGAAGUCUGGGUAACCAACCCCCGAACGUGUCUCUGCAGUGCAUAUCGCCUCCGGUACACCUGAAUAUUGAAUGACUGACAUUGAACAUCAUCAACCGACACUCUGGAGCAUCCUUGAGGGAGUGCGGCCUUGCGGUGUUCCGACGACUUAUGUGAAGACCGACAAAGUGCGAUGCAAGGUAUUCUGCUUCACGUCGAACAUCAGCUCCUUGAGGCACAAUUUGAACGCGUCGACGCAAGCGAUUGUGAUGGUGUCUGAUGAAACAACCUUUCUACUUGAGCAGACGUACGAUAACGGAGAGGAGGCCACUGGCUGUACGCUUCCCUUGAUCUCGAUUUUGGGAUUGAAUACCUCUAAUGAACGUAAUGUCUUCAAAAUCGUCAAAUUGAUCUAUGAACCCUGCCCCGAUACGCUUAUGGAGGCAGUGAAUCUAUCCGAGUCAUGCGCCAUGGUAUGGAUUCUGGCCUAUUAGGGUGGCUACCUAAGGCUGCACAGUUAGAAGAGUAAU